AUGAAUGACCCUGUUCCCCUGUCUAAAGACAAAAUUAAUUCUGAUGCAAUAUUAACAUCAAUUAUUCCACAUAAAAACAAAGUUGAAAAUAAUAAACAAAUUGUUCUACUCCAAACAUUUAAAGCUAUAAUUUCAGAUUCAGAGGGUGAAACUAAAAUACAUUGUCGAGGUUUAAUUGAUUCAGGGAGCCAAAGAAGUUUUAUCCAUGAAAGAUUAGUAAAUAAAUUGAAAUUACCAGUAGUAGAUAGGGAAAAAAUAAGCUUGCAUACUUUCAGAAAUAGUACCGCUAUUAACGUUAUAAGACAUCGCGUCAAAUUUUUGCUACACAACAUAAGCGACGAAAAUAAAUGUUUAAGUAUCGCGGCAUUAGAAUCCCCUGAAAUCUGCAACACAUUAAUAGAAACACAAAACAAAGAUUUGCGUGAACAAAUUCAAUCUUUAGGUAUUAAAUUGUCGGAUUCCGAAAACGGAUAUAGUGAUAGUAAAAUUGACAUUUUAAUUUGGUCUGAUUAUUUUUGGGAAAUAGUUUCUGGUACAACUCGACGUAUAAAUGAAAAAGUAAUGUUGUUAGAUACUUUGAUGGGAUGGACAAUUCAUGGGCCAAUUUCGAAUUUUGAUCUUAAUUUUAAAACAUCAUCAGUUGAAGUAUUGAGCGCUAUUGUCACGAAAGAUUUAGAUGAUGAAUUAACGAAUCAGUUGAUAGCAUUUUGGGAGUUAGAAUCUCUCGGAAUCCAGAAUGACCCUUCUAAACGGGCUAUUUCAGAUGGGGAAGCUCUUCAAAAAUUCGAAAAAACUUUAACUUUUAAAAACGGUCGAUAUGUAGUUGCACUUCCAUGGAAGCACGAAAAUGAUAAUUUAGCUAGUAACUAUGAUAAUGCUCGAAAACGAUUAAAUUCAUUAAUUAGACGAUUUUAUAAAGACCCUUCUUUGUACAUCGAAUAUAAAGCAGUGAUUGAUGAAUACUUCAAAUUGGGAAGUGUGGAGGAAGUUAGUGAUACUCGCAAUACAGGUCAUCCUACAUAUUACUUACCACUUUCUCCCGUUAUCAGGAAAGAUAAAAGCACAACCAAGUUGAGAAUUGUGUUUGAUGCCUCAUCGCAUCCCCCUCAUGCCCCAUCACUAAAUGAUUUGCUACACUCGGGUCCUAAUCUAAACCCAGAUCUUUUAAAUUUAAUUCUUUCAUUUCGAUUUCACAGAAUCGGAUUUGUUGCAGAUAUAGAAAAGGCAUUUUUAAAUAUUGGACUUUCAGAGAAUGAUCGCGAUGUAGUCCGGUUUUUGUAG